AUGAAGAAGUCAUCAGGAGGCGCGGCAGAGAAGAAACGCGUGCGACGCCCCUCCGCACCAGAUCUCACCUCCGACGCCCCUCCUAGGAAACAAGCUGUGAAGAAGGAUGUGUAUCAGGUGUUUGCUGAGAAGGUGAGAGACCAUAAGGAGUUGGUUUCUAGAUGGGCUGUUCUACAAGAGACACGGGUUGAGUAUUUCAGAGGGAAGGAUUUUGUGAACUUCUUGAAAAAUCAUCCAGAGGUUAAAGAUAUUCUGGAAUCUGAUAGGAGUUUAGAAACAGAGGACAUUGCCAACAUUUUGCUUGAAAAGAAUCUUUUAGUGCGCUGUGAUCGUGUUGUAAAAACUCUCCGUCCUGGGAAGAAAAAGCUGUCUACUUGGCCUGCACAUUUGGAAAUUUUCCCUGAACAAGUAUUCUCCGAAAAUGACACAUUCUAUGCAUGGGCAUUUGUAAAGCGCCAUCCACUCUGGCAGACACUCUUAUCUUUUUUCUGGCCCGUGUUGACAUUGGCUAUUUGCCUAUUUCCCGUGUAUCCUCUUAGCUGCAAGCUUUUAAUAAUUUACUCAUGCGGUGGGAUCCUUAUUGUCUUCUUCUCUCUACUUUUGGUAAGAGGUGCUGUAUUUGGUGUUCUAUAUAUUCUUGUUGGAAAGCGGGUCUGGUUUUUCCCUAACAUCAAUGUUGAGGAAGCAACACUGCGAGAGUUGUUCAGAUUUUGGCCAAAGAAAGAUGAAGAGGAAAAGCCUAAGUGGACGACAAGGAUUUUCUAUUCUGUGGUGGCUGUGCUGUUCAUAUUACUGCUGAGGCAUCAUGCGCCUGAUGAAGCUGCAAGAGCAAGAUAUCAGAGGAGAGUAUCUAACAUCAUUGAUGAUGUUCUCGAAUGGUCUCCUAGUUUAGCCUUGUCUGGGAUGAUGGACAAGCAGCAAAAUGUGUCUAAUGCCACCGGGUCUACUGAUUCUGCCGCACAAGGCAGCACGACAGGACCGGAACAUGAAGCUUCAACUGGUGGUAAUGAUGAAAAAACUUUCUCAGAACAAUAUGACAUUGAAGAAGUCAUUGAUAACAUAGAAGAUGCAGGUGAAGAUGAUAAACAUCAGUAA